AUGCAUAAAAUCGACGUCACUUCUUCCACGAAGCUGCAUAUAAAGCUAUAUAUUGCCCCUCUUCACAAUACCAUGGCGCCACGCAUCAUCCCCGAACCGGGUACGCUGCCAAACGUCUCCCACGACGCCGCGCAAGCCUUCCAGAUCCUCAAGGACGGCGGUCUCAUCGUCGCCCCAACCGACGUCGGCUACGCGCUCCUCACCAGCACGCCCACCGGCAUCCAGCGCAUCUUUGCCGCCAAGGGCCGCCACCAGACGCACAACAUUGGCAUCCUCGGCACCUACGCCCAGCACCGCGCGAUCCACGUGCUCCCCUCCGCCAGGUUUGCCUUUACGCGCGUCAUGACCGAGGAGAUGGGCAUGAUGGUCGGCAUCGUGGCGCCCUUUGACGCAGACAACCUCCACCCGCACCUUGCUGCGCUGGACGCGGCCACGCUGGACCAAGUCACCAAGGGCAACACGGUCUGCGUCGUGAUCCCCGAGGGGCCAUUUUGUCGCGAGUUAGUUAGGCUGUGCGAGGAGGAGAGCAUGCUCGUGUUUGGGACGUCGGCGAAUGCGACGGGCCAGGGGCAGCGCUUCAGGGUAGCGGAUGUAGGGGAUGAGGUGCUGGCGCACGCGGACCUCGUGGUGGACUACGGCUUACAAAAAUGGCACACGUACGGCUCGGGGGCGGUGAAUUUUGACGCGGAGAACAUGCGCGUCUUGCGCAAGGGAGUGGCGUAUGAGGUCUUCGUGGACAGGGCGAAGAGAUGGUUUCCGCAGCUGUUGGAAGAAGCAGGUGGCAGCUUUGAGUGA